CCCCCAAACCCCCGCACCGCACCGCACUCUCUCUCCCUCGCCGCCGCCGCCGCAACCGCCGGUGAGGCGCGCCGACGCGGGGAUGGACGGCCUCGACGACGAGUGGGACGACGAGAAGUUCCUCGCCGAACUCUUCCGCGCCCAGGACGAGGCCGUCGCCUCCCGCAACCCUAACCCCACUCCCGCCGCUCCUCCUCCUCCCGACGACCCCAUCUCCUACCUCCCGUCGCCCUCCACCACCUCCUCCUCCUCCUUCUCCGCGGCUCCGCUCUCCUACAUCUCCCCCGCGCCCCAUGCCUUCUCCGCCGCCGCCGCCGCCGCCCCCGCUUCAGUUCCAGUUCACUUCUCGCCUCCCCGCGAGCUCUCCCAGCACCCGAUGGGGUUGGUACCCGACGUCGGCCUCCGCGGCUUCUCCCCUCCGCGCGAGCUCUCCCAGCGCCCGGCGGCGGAGGUGAGCGGCCGCGAGAUCGUCGCGGUGUCGACCAUCCCCGGUGCCGACCGAUUCAGAGGCGGGGGCGGGGGCGGGGGCGUGCGGAGGGAGAGGGACGCCAGGGAGGCUGAUCGGAGGGAGGUCGAGAGGCUCAAGCGGGAGCUGAAUCGUGUCUCGAAGCAAAUUAAUGACAUGAGAAACGAAUGCAGUGAGCUGAAGAAAGACAGAACAAGGAAAGACCUUGAAAUCAAGGCUAAAGAAGCAGAGAUUCAAAGUUUGAGAAGGGCAAAUGUGAGCUGUGCCAACAAUGGUGUCGGCGGCAUAGCUAUGGAUAUUGAUAAUUCGAAUCAUGCCCCUGCAAAUGGGACUUUGCAUGCUGGGGGUUCUUGUUGGGCAUCCACAAGGAGAGCAGACAAGUUAAAUGACAAAAACAAUGAGCUAAGCUGCCCUCAAGAUGGUUCUUGUUUGAAUCAAAAGAAUCAAACAAACACAUCCGAGGUCUUGGAGGAAAGUGUCCGCUUUGAAUCAAAAGGCAGCAAGUGCAAGGAAAUUAAGGCUAUAGGGGUUCAGACAGAUCUUCCAGGGAACAGCGAACAUCUUGAGCACAAAAAAGUAUUGAUCGAUCGCAUCUCUAGCAAUCUGUGUGCAGUGUGGGGCAUGCCAACUAUCAUUUUGAUGGGGAGGAGUCUGAUAUCAAAGAUUCUGGUUUCCUGCUCAGAAGAAAUUUUGACGCUUGUCCAGUCUAUGGGGUUGCUUGACAAGUGUGAAACCUCUUCUGAAGUGAGCAUUUCAGUCAGAAAUGCUAUUUCCGAAGUAUAUGAUAUCAUCAUCAAGAUGAAUAGUGAUACAAUACCUAUACAAACUCUUCUCGAAGCAUUGCUAAAUUUGGCUGCUGUUGGUAAUGCUGCUGUUGUUGGUAGAGCCCUGCGAAUGUUGCAUAGUAUCUUGCUGCACUUGCUGAAUAACAGAACCAUGUUUAACCAGAGGAACAAUGUUUAUAUUGAGCCAUGUGUUAGCAAUACUGCUCACAUGGCGCGGAACAGUCACAAAGAUAGCUCUGCUUCACUGAAUACCCCUGAUGCAGCUAAUCUAUCAAGAAGCCAUGAUGGGCUUCACAUCGGAAACAUGCAACUUCCUUUUACAUUCUGGGCAUCACUCUUUACUGCAAUGUUACAAAUUGGGGAUAGGCAUUCAGAGGAGAAUAUUCGUGUUGAUGCAUUAUCUAUAAUGAUUCUCAUUGCAAGGACUAGUGAUCCCAAAGUGGAGAGGGAAAAAUUUGGAUUUACUUCUGUAAUAGAAAAAUUGCAUCAGCUGUUGCAGAAGGAAAAUGGAUUGCUUGUAAAGAAGCAUUCUGUGGAUCUACUUUUCUUGCUUUUGAACUGCCCAGCAACAUUGAAGUUGCUAUGCAAUGGAGGUAAAGAUAACCCUGAACAGACUGAAGCUAUAGGAUGUGAAACUGAUAGGUCACAACAAGCUAUAAGCUUGAUUUUUAUGGACCUAUCUGAAUGCUUGAGUUGCAAGGCAACAAGUUCUCAGGAGAUCAAACUUUGUCGGGUAGUUGUCACUCUGUUAGCAUAUAUAGCUUCCAGUGGCAAAUCUGGGUAUGAAGUGCUUCUAGGUCCAGUUACUGCCCGUGGUGCCAGUUUCCUGGAGUUGAUCACGGAAGUCCUUGCAUCACAGAUGGAAUAUGACACGGCCUGUUCAAAUGGAGCACAUGAACUAUUGAAAGAAAGGUACUUGCUAAUGAGAGAGGUGCUGAUCCUUCUAAACCGAUUAGCUUCACAUGCUAAUUUUGCAAAGCCAACACUGGAAGUGCUCACGAGCAGUAAGCUCUGUGCAACCUUGACAAUUGAUGUCGCAAAUCGGUUGCCAGAAAGGAGCAAAUACCCGUUGAGACACCUUGGUGAGAUAAACAUCCAGAUGGCAAACGAUCUUGCUGAACUAGCCCAAAAAUUCCGCACGCGAGUACACAGUUUCCUGGAAGAGCAACAUUCAACAGUUGACCAUUCCAAUCCAAGUGCUUUGCACAAGAGCUUACAACUUCCAGGAUGAGCAAAAUCCCUCCCAAUUUAGCUAGCUGGGUGCGAUGACGGCUACGACAGCUUGGGGGCUUAUUUCUCUAGCUAGUAGAGAAUUUUGGAAUCCUUGUAUAUUAUUGCCCCUUUUUGGGUGUUUGUUUGUACUAACAGGCAGGGCCUUUCCUUGGUUUUGAUUGGCUUGGCUGGGGCGAGUAGAUAGGUUUUAGCUGGUGGUGUACAGAAUCAAAGGCUACGGCAGAUUGGUUUUGAUUGGCUUUCUCGCCAUUUUGGGGAAAUGUAAUUCUACGCAAAGAGAAGGAAAUGUACAAUCAGAUAGCAGCAUAGGCUACUGCAGCUUCUAUUGCUGAUGAAAAGUUGUCUACAAUCGAAUUAGUAAUCACAUCAUCAGUUUGCUAGACGGCCAAAGCUACUGAAUUUUGUAAGUAGCAAGUCCGUGAGCUUAUUUUAAAUCAUCAAGGAAAGCACUUUAUAUUAUACAUGUUUAAAGUGAGAAUUUUUGUUUAAUUUUUAACUCAAAUGUUAGGUACAU